AUGGCAGAAGUUCAAGAUGCUACUAAUGUUGGUAAACCAGUACCAAUAGUUUUGGCUGAAGAAGAUCAUCAGUUCGUACUCGAUGAAGAAGCUCUUGAAAGUAUUCUUUUGAAGGAUGAUAUUAAAGAUCGAAAUGUUGUUGUGGUAUCUGUUGCUGGAUCUUACCGAAAAGGGAAAUCAUUUUUAAUGGAUUUUGUUCUCCGAUAUAUGAAAGCCACAUAUCAUUUAAACCUAAUAAAUGAAGAUGCACAUUGGAUUGGUUCAGAUGAUAAGCCAUUGGAUGGCUUUUCCUGGCGUGGCGGAUCUGAUAGAGACACCACAGGUAUUCUUAUGUGGUCUGAAGUAUUUAAAGCCACUUUAGACGAUGGUGAAAAAGUAGCCAUCGUACUACUAGAUACCCAAGGUACAUUUGAUAGUGAAAGUACAGUCAAAGAUUGUGCCACGGUCUUUGCAUUAAGCACUUUGCUUAGCUCAAUCCAAAUAUAUAACCUAAAAUUUAAUAUACAAGAAGAUGAUUUACAACAUCUACAACUGUUCACUGAAUAUGGCCGUUUAGCACUUGAAGAUUCUGGUACAAAACCAUUCCAGAAAUUACAGUUCUUGGUUAGAGACUGGAGUUUUCCAUAUGAAGCUGAAUAUGGUGCAGAAGGCGGAAAAAAAAUAUUAGACAAAAGAUUGCAAAUAUCUGACAAACAACACCCUGAACAUCAGUCUCUAAGAAAACACAUUAAAUCGUGUUUUUCUGAUAUCGGUUGUUAUUUAAUGCCUCACCCUGGUCUAAAUGUUGCUACUAAUCCCAACUUUGAUGGAAAACUAUCUGAUAUUGAACCAGAGUUUAAAAAAAACCUUAUAACUUUAAUACCGAUGUUGUUAAGUCCAAACCAGUUAAUUUUAAAAGAAAUUGGUGGACAAAAAAUAAAAGCGAAAGAGUUAGUCCAUUAUUUCAAAGCAUAUAUUAAAUUAUGUACUGGAGCAGAACUUCCAGAACCAAAAUCUAUGUUUGAUACCACAGCUGAAGCUAAUAAUUUAUCUGCUGUCGCAUCUGCUCGGGAAGUGUACCGCUCUAUGAUGGAUACUAUUUGUGGUGGUAACAGACCAUAUUUAAAUUCUAACUCACUAGACGUUGAACACUUUAAAAACAAAGAUAUUGCAAUAGAACAAUUCAUUACCAAAAGAAAAAUGGGUGGUGAUGAAUUUUCGGAAUCUUACAAAUUUAAAUUAGAAAAUGACAUUGAUGAAGACUUCUUAAAAUUUAAAUCACAAAAUGAAAGCAAGAAUGUAUUUAAAUCUGCACGUACACCAGCAGUAUUCUUUUCAGUUGCAGUUGCUUGUUAUUUCAUAUCUGGAUUAUUUAACUUCUUUGGAAUAUACUCUGUAGCCAGUGGUAUUAACUUAAUAAUGGGUCUUGCUCUUCUCAUUCUUAUAUUAUGGUCAUAUAUAAGGUAUAGUGGAGUACAUAGUGAACUAGGGUCAACUAUUGAUGAUGCUGCUAAUAUUAUGUGGGACAAUUUUUUGAAGCCAACCUAUGAAAUUUUUCUUCAAAAAGGUUUAGAACAGGCCACUAACCAAGCUAUCAACAUAGCGGUGAAUAAUACAACAUCUCCUAUUACUGGUAUUCAGUCGCCAUUUGUAAAAAGGCCUAUGCAAAGAAUGAAUUCCCAUGUCGAGAUGAACGACAGGUUUAAACAGACAUGA